UUUCAUAAAAGGUGUGGAACGAAAAAAGGGGAGUUAAGAAGCACUGCAAACACUGUAGCGUUCCGUCUCUUCCCAACUUCAACAUCCAAACCCAAAACCAAAACCAAAACCAAAAUAAUUCACAUCUUUCUUGCCCCCUCUGCUCACCACAACCUUCGAUUUCUUCUGUUAAUAGGUUGUGGGUGUGAAGUCAAAAUGCUGGAUUCGGCAGAGGAUUUAGGCAUAAAAGAUGUGAAUACUAAAAGUGAAAAAGCAGAUAGUGAGUAUGUGAGGCUGGUUAUAACUGAUGAACCAAGCACAAGUGGAGCUGAUCUUUUUCAACCACCAACAGAAACCAGGAAAAGGGACCUCAGGUGGUGGUCAAAGACAAUAAUGUGGUGUUCUAUAUGUAUAAUAAUUAUAUUAAUCUUCAUAAAGUGGGGUGUCCCUUUUCUAUUUGAGAAGGUGCUGAUUCCAAUCUUACAAUGGGAAGCCACUGCGUUUGGUCGUCCUGUGCUUGCACUUGUACUUGUGGCUUCUUUGGCAUUGUUCCCUGUUUUUCUAAUUCCUUCAGGACCUUCCAUGUGGGUAGCUGGAAUGAUCUUUGGAUAUGGUCUUGGUUUUGUUAUCAUCAUGGUUGGAACAACUGUUGGGAUGAUCUUUCCAUUCUUGAUUGGUUUGUUCUUCCGUGAUCGAAUUCACCAAUGGUUAAAGAGAUGGCCUGAGAAAGCUGCUAUGAUUAGAUUGGCUGGAGAAGGGAGCUGGUUCCAUCAGUUCCGAGUGGUUGCUUUGUUUCGAAUUUCACCAUUUCCAUAUACAAUCUUCAAUUAUGCGGUAGUAGUUACAGACAUGAGAUUCUGGCCUUAUUUCUUUGGAUCAGUUGCAGGAAUGAUUCCUGAAUCUUUUGUCUACAUCUACAGUGGUCGGCUCAUAAGGACAUUUGCGGAUGUAAAAUAUGGGGACCAUCACUUGACCAAAGUGGAGAUCAUCUACAACGUAGUUUCAUUCAUCAUUGCUAUUAUUAUUAUAGCUAUUUUUACAGCAUAUGCAAAGAGAACACUGAGUGGGCUUCAACAGGCAGAGAGAAAUGGCGGGGAAAGUCCCACUACUUCCAGCAUUGCCAAACUCGAGAUGGAACCACUCCCCCUUGAGAAACCCAUUCUCAAUGCUUUUGUAAUUUGAAUAGUGAAAAAAGAAUGAAUACAGUAAAGAGAAAUUGGGUUUGGGAGAGAGAGAGAGAGAGAGAGAGGGAGUUUUGAAUUAAAGUUGAAUGUUAAUGAGAGAGCUGAAUUGUUGAUGAGUUGGGUAGGGUUUCAGAUAUGGUAAUGCUUUCAAUUGGCUGUGUGAUGGAGUGUGCAGAUGCAGGCUUCCCAGCCCAUUGUAGGAUUGUAUUAUGAAGCAUAUGAUUAAACAUCCCUUCUUUAAA